ACCAUCCUCGAAUUGGCUCGUUCUCCAGAAACGACGAAAUGCCCACGGGCAGUCUCCGUUUACCUCAGCGCGGCGCUCGUUCGAAGGCGAUGUCUACCUGGGUUCUCCUCGCCCUGUUCUCCCUGGUCUCAGGCCAGCUGGAUUUACCAUCGUUGGGAGAUGAUCUGCGCAACAACUUGGGAAGACAAUAUCCCCCCACGGAAAUAGAAUUGCAAGAUAUUUUGGCGAGGCUGGACUUCCUUGGCACUGAAAGAUGCAGUGCCAACGUUGCAGGACAGUGGGCAUACGAGACGGACGUGAACGAGUACACGCAGUUGCAAGCGCUGGAGGCGCAACGUAUAUACGCCGACUUUCAGAACCAGGCCUGGUUCCUGAUAUCGAGGAUCGACAGAAACAAUAUCAGGGAUCCUGUGAUCGCGCGACGGCUCAGGUACUUGUCCGUGGUUGGACCCUCGGCGCUUCCACCUGACCAGCUGGACAGGUACAAUCGUGUGAUCAACGACAUGCUGGCGGUGUACAACGAGGCGAGCAUUUGCGCGUACAACGAUCCCUUCCGGUGUGGUCUGCGCUUGUAUCCAGAUGUAUCCCAGAUUAUGGCAAGGAGUAGAAACUGGGACGAGCUGCAGUACGUCUGGACGGAGUGGAGAAGACGCAGUGGCAUGAGGAUCAAAGAUCUCUAUCAGCAGCUCGUCACUCUAAACAACGAAGCUGCUCGAUUGAAUAACUUCACCGACGCAGCCGAGUACUGGAUGUUCCCCUACGAGUCCCCAAACCUGCAACAAGACAUAGAAGAGGUUUGGGAGAUGAUAAGACCACUCUACGAGGAGUUGCACUCGUACGUCCGAAGAAAACUGAGAGAUUUGUACGGACCGGAGAAGAUAGGCUCUCAUGCUCCUCUUCCAGCGCACAUACUUGGGAACAUUUGGGGACAGUCGUGGACCAACAUCAUCGACGUCACGAUACCGUAUCCGGGAAAGAACUACGUGGACGUCACCCAGGAAAUGCAAGCUCAAGGUUACACGCCGAUAGAGAUGUUCAGGAUCGCGGAGGAAUUCUACUUGUCCUUGAACCUGAGCGCCAUGCCACCUGAAUUCUGGGCAGGAAGUAUAAUCACCGACCCCGGAAAUCGACCUCUGAUUUGCCAAGCCUCCGCCUGGGACUUCUGCAAUCGCCUGGACUACAGAAUCAAGAUGUGUACCAAGGUCACCAUGAAGGACUUGAUCACGGUGCACCACGAGAUGGCGCACAUUCAAUACUUCCUGCGAUACAGCGGGCUUCCUCGAGAAUUCAGGGACGGCGCCAAUCCAGGUUUCCACGAGGCUGUAGGCGAAGCCGUGGCGCUCAGCAUCGCGACCCCUCGCCACCUUCAAACUCUGGGACUGGGCAACAAGUACAUAGACGAAUCGACAGCGGAUAUCAACUACCUGUUUUCGCUAGCGAUGGACAAGCUCGUGAUGCUGCCUUUCAGCAUCGCGAUGGACCGAUGGCGGUGGGACGUCUUCCGCGGUUACGUCAACAGGGAAGACUACAAUUGUCAUUGGCACCGUCUCAUGGAACAAUACACGGGGACCAAGCCGCCAGUCCUGAGGUCGGAGGACGACUUUGAUCCUGGCUCCAAGUACCACAUUCCUGCGAACAUACCAUACAUACGGAAUUUCGUCGCCGGGGUUCUACAGUUCCAGCUUUAUCGAGCGAUGUGCCAGGCGGCUGGACAGCGAAACGUGGACGAUCCAAGGAGACCUCUGCACAGAUGCGACUUCUACAGGAGCCCUGCAGCUGGCAGCGUCUUGGGACGACUGAUGGAGAAGGGGUCGUCGCAGCCGUGGCAGGAGACUCUUCGAGGAGCAAUCGGCGAGGACAGAUUGGACGCAUCCGCGUUGAGGGAGUACUUCAGGCCCCUCGAGGAUUGGCUGAGAACGGAGAACCUGAGGACGGGCGACGUCGUCGGCUGGUCUUACGAUGGAGACUACUGCAAACGCAGCAUAGAGACAGCGGGCCUGCAGGUCUACGGGAGCGGAUUCUACGGCGUUGGCUCGACGCAUACCUCGACGAUCCUGACUGCUAUCAUGGCGAUUCUCCUGACGGUAAUUGGGGUUCAUUAAGAGAGGCGGACACGUGAAUCAAGCGUCCAUAUCCCGAGAGCGUUUUAUUCGACACUUUCCCUUCUCUCGAGCGUCGCGGACCGGAAACCGACCGACGCUCCACGAUUCUGCCAAAGCCACCGACCAAAUAGAUCAGCAAAUAUCUAAGGGAACUCCGUCAGGGCCUGGGACUUGUCAACCGUGCUUCGCAGUCGAAAUCCGUUUCGAUGCUAGCUUUCGGUGCUAGCGGCUUAAAGGGGAACGCCAAGGCUGAAUUGGGAAUUCUUUUCUGACGAUACGAGAUGUAUUAUAAACAUAGUCGAUAGGUGUAUCAAAAAUACAUAAACAUUAGUUAUAAAAAUGUUCAUUAGGAAAUGUCAACGCGUAGGUAUAGAAAAUCUAAAUCUCCCACGACCCUAUACAAUGGGAUAAAUUUCUCUGGUCCUGAUGCUCCCAUAUGAAGCUAGAACUUUUAGAAAAAUAUUCGCUCGCGUCAAAGCGUUGCCCUUUGCCAUAGGUGCUAGAUAAAAAUUGGAUUAAGCUACACGUUGAAAGAGACGUCCGGAAUCUACCCUAUCGCUGCAGGUGUAGGCGCCAUUGAGCGACGCGUGCACCUAUCGUUGCGUGUAAGUAUUAGUUAUUAAUUUAAUCGCCACCCAUCGAGCAAUGGACGUAGAACGGCUAUAAUUAGGAGGCUCGCGUGCGAAUGCGGGCACGCGAAUCGCGGUACGUGCUGUAAUUGUCGGCUCCGCUAUUUGGUGAGAAGAUCAGAUUCACGGUUCGUAGCAGACAAUGUCGACCAUGUUCCGAGCCGACGGAAAUGUAAAGGGUGUGUAAAUACGAUUGUUUAUUCCGUUAAUAUAUUCGACGAAAACCACGGAGAUGUUUUGAAACGUUCAACGCGUCAACCUGUCUUUUCAGUUCUUCAGGAAACGAGCAAUUUCGCGUGCGAUUCUCCGUCGAGUUAAAACUCGCUUGAAAAUUAUAAGAGGAGGAACUCUUAACCUGUAUUUAUUUUCAUUCGACGCGAAAAGGAAUUUUUUUUAUUUUAUACUUUUAAACUCGACCGCGUGAGUUACCAUUUAGUUAUCCUCUCGUUCGUCGUUUAGGCGAGUUCUAAUUUUAAGAAGAAUGUACUGUAAGUGAAACUAGACAAAUAAAGGAAGAAAACAA